AAUCACAGAUCUGGUUUUGAUGAUCUAUGAUCAUCCCGUCAGAGCCCCCGCUCAUCUCCUCAGAGCCCCCGAUCAUCCCGUCAGAGCCCCCGCUCAUCUCCUCAGAACCCCCGAUCAUCCCGUCAGAGCCCCCGCUCAUCUCCUCAGAACCCCCGAUCAUCCCGUCAGAGCCCCCGCUCAUUUCCUCAGAACCCCCGAUAAUCCCAUCAGAGCCCUCGAUCAUCAUGUCGGAGCGCCUGAUCAUCCCGUCAGAGCCCCCCAUCAUCAUGUCAGAGCCCCCGAUCAUCCCGUCAGAGCCCCCGCUCGUCUCCUCAGAACCCCCGAUCAUCCCGUCAGAGCCCCCGCUCAUCUCCUCAGAACCCCCGAUCAUCCCGUCAGAGCCCCCGCUCAUCUCCUCAGAACCCCCGAUCAUCCCGUCAGAGCCCCCGCUCAUCUCCUCAGAACCCCCGAUCAUCCCGUCAGAGCCCCCGCUCAUUUCCUCAGAACCCCCGAUAAUCCCAUCAGAGCCCUCGAUCAUCUCCUCAGAACCCCCGAUCAUCCCGUCAGAGCCCCCGCUCAUUUCCUCAGAACCCCCGAUAAUCCCAUCAGAGCCCUCGAUCAUCAUGUCGGAGCCCCUGAUAAUCCCGUCAGAACCCCCCAUCAUCAUGUCAGAGCCCCCGAUCAUCCCGUCAGAGCCCCCGCUCAUCUCCUCAGAACCCCCGAUCAUCCCGUCAGAGCCCCCGCUCAUCUCCUCAGAACCCCCGAUCAUCCCGUCAGAGCCCCCACUCAUCUCCUCAGAACCCCCGAUCAUCCCGUCAGAGCUCCCGUUCAUUUCCUCAGAACCCCCGCUCAUUUCCUCAGAACCCCCGAUAAUCCCAUCAGAGCCCUCGAUCAUCAUGUCGGAGCCCCUGAUAAUCCCGUCAGAACCCCCCAUCAUCAUGUCAGAGCCCCCGAUCAUCCCGUCAGAGCCCCCGCUCAUCUCCUCAGAACCCCCGAUCAUCCCGUCAGAGCCCCCGCUCAUCUCCUCAGAACCCCCGAUCAUCCCGUCAGAGCCCCCGCUCAUCUCCUCAGAACCCCCGAUCAUCCCGUCAGAGCCCCCGCUCAUCUCCUCAGAACCCCCGAUCAUCCCGUCAGAGCCCCCGCUCAUCUCCUCAGAACCCCCGAUCAUCCCGUCAGAGCCCCCGCUCAUCUCCUCAGAACCCCCGAUCAUCCCGUCAGAGCCCCCGCUCAUCUCCUCAGAACCCCCGAUCAUCCCGUCAGAGCCCCCACUCAUCUCCUCAGAACCCCCGAUCAUCCCGUCAGAGCUCCCGUUCAUUUCCUCAGAACCCCCGAUAAUCCCAUCAGAGCCCUCGAUCAUCAUGUCGGAGCCCCCGAUCAUCCCGUCAGAGCCCCCCAUCAUCAUGUCAGAGCCCCCGAUCAUCCCGUCAGAGCCCCCGCUCAUCUCCUCAGAACCCCCGAUCAUCCCGUCAGAGCCCCCGCUCAUCUCCUCAGAACCCCCGAUCAUCCCGUCAGAGCCCCCGCUCAUCUCCUCAGAACCCCCGAUCAUCCCGUCAGAGCCCCCGCUCAUCUCCUCAGAACCCCCGAUCAUCCCGUCAGAGCCCCCGCUCAUUUCCUCAGAACCCCCGAUAAUCCCAUCAGAGCCCUCGAUCAUCAUGUCGGAGCCCCUGAUCAUCCCGUCAGAGCCCCCCAUCAUCAUGUCAGAGCCCCCGAUCAUCCCGUCAGAGCCCCCGCUCAUCUCCUCAGAACCCCCGAUCAUCCCGUCAGAGCCCCCGCUCAUCUCCUCAGAACCCCCGAUCAUCCCGUCAGAGCCCCCGCUCAUCUCCUCAGAACCCCCGAUCAUCCCGUCAGAGCCCCCGCUCAUCUCCUCAGAACCCCCGAUCAUCCCAACCCCGAUCAUCCCGUCAGAGCCCCCGCUCAUCUCCUCAGAACCCCCGAUCAUCCCGUCAGAGCCCCCGCUCAUCUCCUCAGAACCCCCGAUCAUCCCGUCAGAGCCCCCGCUCAUCUCCUCAGAACCCCCGAUCAUCCCGUCAGAGCCCCUGAUCAUCCUGUCAGAGCUCCCGUUCAUUUCCUCAGAACCCCCGAUAAUCCCAUCAGAGCCCUCGAUCAUCAUGUCGGAGCCCCCGAUCAUCCCGUCAGAGCCCCCCAUCAUCAUGUCAGAGCCCCCGAUCAUCCCGUCAGAGCCCCCGCUCAUCUCCUCAGAACCCCCGAUCAUCCCGUCAGAGCCCCCGCUCAUCUCCUCAGAACCCCCGAUCAUCCCGUCAGAGCCCCCGCUCAUCUCCUCAGAACCCCCGAUCAUCCCGUCAGAGCCCCCGCUCAUCUCCUCAGAACCCCCGAUCAUCCCGUCAGAGCCCCCGCUCAUUUCCUCAGAACCCCCGAUAAUCCCAUCAGAGCCCUCGAUCAUCAUGUCGGAGCCCCUGAUCAUCCCGUCAGAGCCCCCCAUCAUCAUGUCAGAGCCCCCGAUCAUCCCGUCAGAGCCCCCGCUCAUCUCCUCAGAACCCCCGAUCAUCCCGUCAGAGCCCCCGCUCAUCUCCUCAGAACCCCCGAUCAUCCCGUCAGAGCCCCCGCUCAUCUCCUCAGAACCCCCGAUCAUCCCGUCAGAGCCCCCGCUCAUCUCCUCAGAACCCCCGAUCAUCCCGUCAGAGCCCCUGAUCAUCCUGUCAGAGCUCCCGUUCAUUUCCUCAGAACCCCCGAUAAUCCCAUCAGAGCCCCCGAUCAUCCCGUCAGAGCCCCCGCUCAUCUCCUCAGAACCCCCGAUCAUCCCGUCAGAGCCCCCGCUCAUCUCCUCAGAACCCCCGAUCAUCCCGUCAGAGCCCCCGCUCAUCUCCUCAGAACCCCCGAUCAUCCCGUCAGAGCCCCCGCUCAUCUCCUCAGAACCCCCGAUCAUCCCGUCAGAGCCCCCGCUCAUCUCCUCAGAACCCCCGAUAAUCCCAUCAGAGCCCUCGAUCAUCAUGUCGGAGCCCCUGAUGAUCCCGUCAGAGCCCCCCAUCAUCAUGUCAGAGCCCCCGAUCAUACCGUCAGAGCCCCCGAACAUGUCAUCAGAGCCCCCGAUCAUCCCACAGAUAAGAGGGCCUUUAAAAUGCCUCCCAGUGAAAUAAAGGCCUUACUUGUGUUGAAAAACCUUAAUUAGCUUUAUUUUUGUAUGCUGGUGUCAUUGUUUUGAUCUGGACAGCUUGUCUCGCCUCCUAAGCUCUCAUCAGGCAGGAUGGUCUUCAGCAGCGGUCACAGUGUUCAUGGUGACUGGAUCUGCUGAUAAAGCUUUAGGGAAUCACAAUAAAAACCUACUAUAGUGGUUUUCAACCCGUGGCUGAGAUGUUGGGCUGCAGAUGGACCUUCUGCUUGUUGCUUUUAUUGGUAAUAUGUUUAUUGCUUUUUAUAGUUUCUUUGUAAUCUGAAUGUGAUCUCUCUGAAAGAAGCGUUUGUGCUCUCUGCAGUGUUAUGGUUAUGAUGAACUUUUUGAGCCGCGUUCUCUUGGUUUCCAUUUUGUUUUGCUCACAUUCCUGCUGCUGGGUCUGUCCCUUAGACAGAGACGUGCUGUUUUCAAACUGGCCUGAUCAUGGCCAAACUCUCGGUAGUUAGACCAGAUUCAGUUUCCAGCCGGAGCUGAAAGGUUUCCCUGAAUCUCCAGCAGGUUUCUGAUGCCGGUGCAGUCAGGAGCCUCCAUCUUAUCCGCUCUGGGUUCUUAGAUCAGACAAUCAGUGGGUGUUUGAGUAAACAUGGAUUAUGAUCUCACUAAAGCCUUUCCAAAUGUUCACAUUUAUCCUAUUUUUUAAAAAGUUUUCAUAUUUAUGAUCACUUGCAAUUCACAUAAUCAUUUUUUUUAUUAAGGUCUUACAUGUUUAAGAAUCAAUAAAACAUUUCCAGGAAC